CUUUAAAGCAGGUGAAACGUAUUUAAGGGGGGCGCUUACCGUAGCUACAUAGAAACAAUCAAGUGGCACAAAAAUAUGAGUGAUUGAAAGAAAAUUCAAAAUAUAACAGUGAAAAUUUAAUUUUUCAAAUUGGGAUGUACCCUGUAUAACUUUUCAGAUUUUGCUUUUCCUGAAGAACAUUUUAUAUUUCACCUAUAGGUAAACAUGGCAGCAAUAAACAAACUGUUAAUUUUUUUAUUGGUCAAAGUGGCUGUUGCAUUUGAACCAUGUAACCCAAUUGUAUAUACACAAAGUGGACAAAUUAUAGGAACUUACAAUAUUUCCAGAUAUGGAAGAAGUUUUGCCUCUUAUAGAGGUAUCCCUUAUGCUCAACCACCUAUAGGAGAUCUCAGAUUUAAAGAGCCUGUGCCAGUACAACCAUCAUCCUUUCCAUUAGAUGCUACGAAAGAAGGACCAUUUUGCAUACAAAAGAAUUAUUUAUUUAAUACCCAUCCGCUUGUGGAAGGACAAGAAGAUUGUUUGUACCUUAAUGUAUACGCACCAAUUUUAGAUUCAACCAUAACAUUUCCCUUACCAGUGAUGGUAUUUAUUCAUUGGGGUGCUUUAAUAACUGGAAGAGGUAGCAGCGAUAUUUUAGGACCAGAAUAUUUGAUGGACAAAGACGUGAUAUUGGUUACUUUUAAUUACAGAUUGGGACCUUUUGGAUUUUUGUCAACAUUGGACGAUGAAGCGCCAGGAAACAACGGUUUUAAAGACCAAGUGCUUGCCUUGAAGUGGGUGCGAGAACAUAUCGCAAAUUUUGGAGGUGACCCAAAUCAAGUGACGAUUUUCGGUCAGAGUGCCGGAGCCGGAUCUGUUCAUUUACAUAUUUUAAGCGAACAAUCUAGAGGUUUAUUUCACAGAGCAAUCAGUGCAAGUGGCAGCGCAUUAAGCUUAUGGGCAAAACCGUUUAAUGAUUUGCAAAAAACAGUCACCGGAGUACAAGCCACUCUAGUGGGCUGUCAAAAUUCCACUGGAAGCAGUGCAGACUUGAUAAAGUGUCUUAGAAACGUACCUGCAGAAACUCUUGCCAACUCGCAAGACUUAUUUAAAAUCAUUGGCUUUGAUCCAUUGGUGGUAUUUUCCAGUGUGAUAGAAGAAAAAACCGACAGAAAUCCAAACCCAUUUUUAACUAAGCAACCCUUGCAAUAUAUUCAAGAUGGCGAUUUUUCAAAUGUACCUUGGAUCUCAGGAAAUGUCGAAAAUGAGGGAAUAUUAAGAGUAUCCAGUUUGGUCCGCCAGAAGCAACAAAGAAGUAUUUUUAAUGCCAACUGUACAUCUUUGUUACCGCAAAUGUUAGUGCUAACAGCAAGCGUGGCAGAUGUUGAAGGAGAAUUAAAUAAUAUCACCCAAAAAUAUAUGCAAGGAAAAUGUUUUGCUGACAUACACGAUCCUAAAAGUAUAAAGGGAUUGAUAGAUCUUUAUACUGAUCGAUCGUUCGCAUAUGGUUCUUAUCAGACGGCAAUGUUGCAUUCUGCAAUGGGCCACAGUCCCAUAUGGCACUAUAAUUUCAAUUACAAAGGCCAAUAUACUUUUGGGGACUUGUUUGCUGCUACCAAUGAAACAGUGAAUUUCGACUGGGGUGUGAGCCAUUGCGACGAAUUAUUGUAUAUAUUCAGAUCCCCUGCCUUAUUCCCUGAUAUAACGGACCCAACAGACAGCACCAUGAUUGACAUAAUGACGGAAUUUUGGACGAAUUUUGCCAUAACCGGGAAUCCUAUGGCGACCAAAAUAUUUGAUUGGUAUCCUCUAAAUAUAAACUCCAUUAAGGAGAUGAGAAAUCAAAAUUUUCAACAUUUAAGUAUAGAAGGAACAAAUUAUGAAAAUACGAUUUCUUUGCGGAUGGAAAAUGGUUUCCAUAAAGACAGAAUGAGGUUCUGGAGCAGGCAAAGUUUAUUGGAAAAUUUUGAUGGAUUAAAUUAAAUUUAAAAAAUAUAUAUUUUAUUUUAUUUGCCGUCAAAUUAAGAACUGCCACAAGAAGAUCGUAGAAAUGUGAUAAAAU